GUUUUCGCAAUUGAUUUAGCUACAAAUUUAUAUAAUCUACAAUCCAACUUUAAAAUCGCCGUCUCAGAAGAAACCUGAAAAAUAUCCAAAAGUUUUACUCCACGAUUUUAGUUGAAAAUUGUUAGAAGUAAUUAAAAACCAUUACUGAAACUGAAAACCAUUCAUCCUUUUGAAAGAUGAGUUCAGAUUAAAAAAAGGGAACGCUGCCUAUGCGUUUAUGUAUUACUGAACCAAAAAAGAUAGAGUAUUGGACGGAAAGUAAAGAAUACGAAUUAACCAGCACAUUAAAUAACAAUUCCAAAACAACAAGGUACGAAGAAAUGUAGUAAAAUUUUCAAUUAAUGUACGGACAGUCGAGAUUAUUAUAAGAAAUAUCGAAAGCUUCUUGGAUCUCACGUGUGAGAGAAUAAUUGUAGAAUACGUGGUCUGGAACAAUGAAGGCAGCGUUGAAGAAAGUUAAGAAGCUGCUAGGUGGUCUAGUUCUACCUACAGCUGGACUAGUGACUAUCUGCGCCGCACUAGCGCUGCUAGCAUCUCCUGCAGUUGCUAGAAGAAACGAGCGGGCACGGAGUCACUGCAACAAGACGGUUGAGAUCUACGAGGACGUGACGUCACCCGACCUGGACCGGGAGAACCGCUACAAGCCCCUGCGCUGCUACUACCGCUUCAGGGUCACCAAGCCGCAGCUCAAGGAUGACUGGGUCAUCGUCGUCAGGUUCAAGAGCUUCAAAGUCGGCAACGUCGUCAACGCCACCCACUGUGAUAACGGAUACCUCAAGAUUAUGGACGGUAAUUCCCAGACGGAGGUGUCGAACCGACGAACGCUGGGGAUGUUCUGUGGAGAGAUCGAGCAGACCCGUUCUUUCAUUUCGGAGACUUCCUUCGUAAAAGUAAUCUUCGAUGUGCAGAAUUUCACUGAAGAGACUUACUUCAGCUUCGACUCUCGUGUUGAACAGCAAAAAGAAGUGUUCGGGCGCUACGGUCCCAACCCUGUGCUAUACCCGUUCCGCAGGGGGGAGAUAGUCCCAGGAACAUAUUGCGAACGCAUCUUUACCGACUGUAAAUUGCAAUCAUGCUUCGUCCAAUCUCCGGGGUAUCCGAGCGUUUACCCACGUAACCUUCAUUGCAAGUACUAUCUCAACACCCGGCUUCCGUUCAUCAAACUCUACAUCGAAAAUGAAGAGUUCAAUAUCGAUGGGCAGAGGUGCGAAAACCCAAUGAUGUGCCCAAUGAGACCGGUAGGUUCCGACUGUCCUUAUGACUUCAUUCGCAUAUACGAUGGUAAGAACGAACAGGCUCCUCUGAUCGGCACUUUUUGCGGCAUGGGACGUUUCCCACACUCAAUUAUCGGAUCAGGACAAGAUAUUAUGGUUGAAUUUAUUUCAUCUCCUGCCGGCCCUUUCCUUAACACUGGAUUUCACUUCAACGUAGGCAACUGGCCUGGACAUGUCGAAUCAGCCGGAUCUCGUAACGGUACAUGUGAUUGGGUUUUCAGCAGUGACACUGUGGAGCAAGGUCAAGAGUCUAUUUUCCUUUCCCUUGCUCACUGGUACAAGGCUGGGACGAGCUGUUCAUACCUAAUACGAGGAAGACCUGGGGAAAUUGUACGCAUGUAUUUCCCGUCAUUUCGAGUGCGACCCAUUGAGGCUCCGAUACGACCCUACGAUGGAGACUGUGGCGAAACUCUCAUUAUUUAUGAUUCUGAUCGCCCAGACGACUCGCGUAUCAUGAAGAUGUUCUGCGAUACAUUUUCGCGUCCAUUAGAGAAGCACGACUUCAUCUCCUCGGGAAGUUCGAUGUUCGUCAAGUUCGACAGUCGCACAGGCAGUUACGACGGUUCCUCCCUCUAUUAUUGGGCUCAAUACGACUUUUUCAACAACACCCAUUAUGGCCGACCGGUGGAAGAUUCGGUCUGUGAUGAACUUUUUGAGUCCUACGUUCGACCUGAAGGAAGGUUUGGCUCUCCUCUUAACACCCUCAUCUACAAGACUGAUGAAGACGUUCGUUGCCGCUACAGCUUCAAGGCUCCUCGAUACCAGUACCGCAGGAUUCUCGUUACUAUUAACGAUACCCACUUCAAGCACAAUGAGGAUGCCUGUCUGGAUUGCCUGAACGACGCAGUUGACAAAAUUAUCAUUCGAGAUCCAUUCCGGAACGGGACGGACGUUUGUAUCUGCGACAGUAUCGUCCAUUCACAACGGCUACCAGCCAUUGUAGUUUCUAACGGACCUUCCUUGGAGCUAAGUCUCCAUGUUGACCGGCGGCACGCCACACAAAAUUACUUCAAAUCAAACAUUCCAAUCUUUGAAGGAACAUAUAAGUUUAUUCAUAGUCCCAUCUGUGGGCCGACUGUGAUGGCAGCGGCGUCAGAGGGUAGUAUUGUCUACCCGAAAUAUGAACCUUAUGUGUACGGAGGAUAUGGAGAAGACGUUCAUUGUAUGUGGGAGGUUAAAGUCAGCCCAGAACGGGAUCUCUGGAUAUCUUUGGAAAGGAUGGACUUUUCGUUGGAGGAUUGCUCCCAGGAAGUUCUCGAGGUGGAGGUCAGUGGACGACGAGUGUUCACAGUUUGUGCAACAGCUCCUGAGGAAGCCAGGAGCUUAACAGUGAAAUCCAAGGACAUUCGCGAUGGCUCCUUGAUUGUACAUUUCAAGUCACAAGCACCUGGGCACUCAAACUUCCAGCUCACAUGGACAGAGCUAGUGGAGCUUCCACGUAACAGCGAUGGUACUAUCAUGACUUCGAAACUUUCGGCCCCUGGAGAGUGUAAGUUUGUGUGUCCAGGACAAGCGGCUUGUAUUCAUGAAGAUUUAGUGUGUAAUGGUGUCCACAACUGCCCCGGCAGCAACAACACCAACAUGCACGACGAGGCACCCGAAAUUUGCUACGCCCGCACCUCGGCUCACUUGAACUAUGUUGCGCUCGGUUUGGGUGCCGCUGGAGGAGCCGUCGUAGCAGUCGGGGUCAUCAUUUUGGUUUGUCGCAACUGCAGGAAGCGACCGGAAAAUGAUACUUCUUUUUAGCAAUCGCCCCCGACAGCCAGCACAAGUGCAACAACUUUCUGAACUGAGUUUCCAGCUAGGCAGUCCAUCGUCACGGCAUGAACAACAAGUUCUUCAGAGAAAACAUAGAACUGAUGCACAAGAUUCUCUCGAAGAGGCCACCGCAUUCUAAAUUAUAUGCCGGAUAAGUUGAUAGAUUAAAAUAUUCUUUAUUUAAGAAAUGCGUUAAAGAAAGUA